AUGUCGCGGUCUUGCGUUUGCGGGGUGCUAAGUUUGGUGGCUUGGAUGCGAUUGAAGUCUGUUUACGCGGGCAAUUGCAAUGUAGAAGUCGCGCGGGAGAAAAUGCAAAUGAAUAAAAUGCAGAACGGCAAGCCGAAGAAAAUGGCGAAAAGACUGCUGGCGAAAUCGCCUCUGCUGCGUCCGCUACCUGCGGUGACGUUUGGUCGUGAUAUGGGAAAAAAGAGGUGUUGGUAUUGUUUCGUGGGGAACGCGGUCGAGCGAUCGCGUUUGGGGCCGGCGUUAUGUCAAUCUCAAAAGCCCACCCUCAGUGUUGAAUUUCCCCGAAUAAACAUAACUAAUCCAAUGUUAUGCUUGAUUGGCAGGCUCCAGGUUGCUGUGUCAACCGCCACAGACCAACCUUUGGAUGGAACCAGGCCGGGCCAUGGCCGUGACCCAAAAUUCCCCGAUCGUCCGAUGGCGCUAAUCCUUCUAUCGAGUCGUGGGGGGUUGCAUCUUCUUAUUGCAUCUACCUCUUAUCCAAGUUGGAGUGAGGCAGGGUCUGUGCUGAUCACCUGCGCCACAGCAAGUGCUCCAGCCACGGCGAGCGCGAGAUUCAAAUCAAUUAAACACGAUAUCACGUGUAGACCCGCCCUAGACGCGGAUGUUCGUGCUGGGUCGCGUCGUCUGGUGAACGUGCACGGUCACCGACCCGCCCAAUAUGGGACCUCUUUGUCUAUUCAUGUUUGUGCAGUGCGCUGGACCUGGUGA